AUGCUCAUUUUUCGAGCUCUCUAUUGGAGCAUAAUAAUUCUAACCUUGCUGGUUGGAGAUUCAGCACAGUAUAUUCGCGACAAAAGCUUCCUCAAAUUCUGCGGCAAUGUUGGUUCAAACACAGUCACUGUACAGGAUGAAAAAUCACCAGAAGCUGACACAUGUGAAGUGACGUGGCAACAAUUCCCAGCAUCCGAUGAUGUGAGUUGAAGACGCAAAAUGUUUUUUAUAAAUAUAUUUCCAGGAAGAAGCUAUGCUUUAUUGCAAAAAUUGGGGACCAUACAGUGUCUUGGAAGCCAAGAAAGAUCAGAAUGGCAAAAGUUGGUGUAAAUAUCAAAAUGUUUAUUCGUGCGAUGAUAAAUACACCCAAAUCAACGGAUUUUGCUAUCAAAAAAUGACCAAUAAAGUUCAAACUUAUGAAGAAGCCCAAAAAAUCUGCAAGAAACAAACGAUCACAACACAAAAUGGAGUCACAGUUAAAAGCAAAGUCUUGCAAUUGUAUGAUUUGGAUUUGAUUCGUUUAAUCCGCGCAUAUUUCAUCGAAAACACCCAAAUUAUUGUUGAACCAAACAAAGAGCUCGACGAAUUUGUUGAAUUUGAUGAUGGUGUCAAAGAAUCCGACGAAACUUCGAAAUACAUUGUCGUUCUUGAUGCUUCAAUUCAUUAUAGUAUGGGACAAGGUGCACUUAUUCGUUUGCCAGGCAAUACUCGAUGGAGAAUUCCUUCCCAAGUUUUCUGCGUUUAUAAAGCCGAAGAAACUCCAUUGAGUUUUGGUGUUAAAGCGAAAAUGUUGGAACCAUAUUAUUAUAAGACUGUUAUCGCUGGAUUUAUGACAGUUUGGCGAACUUCAAGUCAUUAUAGUCAUAUGAGACAUUUUGAUAGUUCGUUCCCUGUUAGAUCAUGUAGUGCUUCACUCAAUGCUUUGACUCCAAAUGGUGGCGAUAUUUGGGACGCGAAAAAGGAAAAUGUUGAUCGAUUGACUCCUGAAAUGAAACAACAAUUUGUCAAAUCGACUGCACCAUAUUUUCAUUGUUGCUACCAUUGGUGGGAUAUGAAUAACCGUUAUUACGAAAGGGAACGAUUGGUUUAUCAACCAAGGAAUUAUGAGGUAUCUUUUAAACUUUUAAUCUUUGAAUUGGGCUUCCAAGGGAGUUUUCAAUAUUUUUAUUUUUUUCAGAACAUUCACUCGUGUUUUUAUCAACCUGCUAUCGAUGCUCGUCAUUCAAUGUAUCAUUCUGAAGUUGGAUGCAAGGGACAAUCGUCUCCUUCAAAUGUGGCUUCAACAAGUUCAUUUUUGUUCACACCGGAGAAAGUGUGAGUUGCUCGACCAUUUUUUGUUUUGGGGCUAUUCAGCGAAAAAAUUAUGUUUUCUCAGCGUUAAAAAAGCGGGAGAAACGCGAAGAAAACCUAUUCAGGUCGGUAAAGAAAACAUAAAAAUCAAACACUUGAAACACACAAAUUGCGACGAGAUUCAACGAAAAACAACAUGUUCCUUUAAGAUACUGUAGAAUUUCGCAGCGGGAUCAAUUUACAGUAAUCCAAAAGGUAUCUUAAAGGAACAUGUUGUUUUUCGUUGGGUCUCGUUUGAUUUUUAUGUUUUCUUAACCGACCUGAAUAGGGUUUCUUCGAUUUUCCCCCAUUUUCUUAACGCUGAGAAAACAUAAUUGUUUACGCUGAAUAGACCCAUUUGAAAACAUUCCUUCAACAAAAUCCUUUUUUUCUAGUGGCGACUACGAUAUAAGUGAAAAAAAAGUGGCACACGAUGCUCCGUUGCUCUGCUCAAUCUUCUAUCGAGUCAGCAAAGUACCAACUGCAUGUCCACCUACCUGGAGAAAAUAUGUCAGGAAAAAUGGAACACCGACUUGUGUAGCUUAUUUUUUCGAAAAAGCGGUCACCUAUACUGAAGCUGUGGCUAAAUGUAGAAGAAGUAAUGCUGAAGUCAUCACUUUUUCGGAUCAAGAAGAAAUUGACCACAUUAAGUCGUAUAAUCGUCGAAUUUGGAUUGGGAUGAAAAGAAGACCGGGAUGCCUUUCGAGACAAUCAAGUGGGCAAUGCGAUAAAAGAAACGUAGGCAUAGGCAGAGUUGUUAUAUGUACAAAAUGUGAUUUUUCAGUUCGGAGUUUGGGAUAAUUCUUAUGGCGAAGACACUGAAGCUGUUAAAGAUUUGGUUUCUGCAUACUGGUCAAACACCGAUGCCUUUGAUCAAACUCAUGAUUGUAUUUAUUUGGAAGGCGGUAAACUUUAUGAUUGGGAAUGCAAUGGCGACUCCAGUGUUAUGUGCAUUUCCGGUUACCAAACAUAUGAAACUUGA